GAGUGGUGUUACUUCAUGCCAUAAAUCUUGCUACAUCAUGCUGAAAAACUCUUUAUAAGAACCAUAUACCUUUAUAGCACUGUGAAUAAUAUUCAGUAGUAUGUUAGUAUGCGCUAGAUUUGCGCUACUAUGUCUUUUACAUGGAAAACGUGUUUUAUUAUUUUGAUUUUAUGCCAGUUUCAAGUUUCAGCUGAGAGUUCAGAAUCAACAAGAGACAGCACUGUUACAACUACAUCAGAUACAACCAUACUAAUUAGUGACUCUGCCACAACAACUGAGAGUUCAGAAACAACCACAGCCAACUCUCUGACAACAACUCCAAAUGCAACUUUACCAACUACUGACUCUGCCAAAACAACUGAGAGUUCAGAAACAACUACAACCAACUCUCCUACAACUACACUAGAUGGAACUCUACCAACUAUUGACUCUGCCACAACAGGUGAGAGUUUAAAAACAACUACAGCCAACUCGCCUACAACUACACCAGAUGCAACUAUACCAACUACUGACUUUGCCACAAUAACUGAGAUUUCAGAAACAACUAUACCAACUAGUGACACUAUAACAACAGCUGAGAGUUCAGAAACAGCCACAACCAACUUUCCAACAACUACACCAGAUGCAAUUAUAUCGACUACUGACUCUGCCACAACAACUGAGACUUUAGAAACAACCACAGCCAACACUCUUACAACUACACCAGAUGAAAAUAUAGAAACUAGUGACUCCCUUACAACAGCUGAGAGUUUAGAAACAACCACAGCCAACACUCCUACAACUACACCAGAUGCAAAUAUAAUGACUACUGACUCUGCCACAACAGCUCAAAGUUUAGAAACAAGCACAGCCAACUCUACUACAACUACCCCAGAUGCAACUACACAAACUAUUGACUCUGCCACAACAGGUGAGAGUUUAGAAACAACCACAGCCAACUCUCCUACAACUACCCCAGAUGCAACUACACAAACUAUUGACUCUGCCACAACAGGUGAGAGUUUAGAAACAACCACAGCCAACUCUCCUACAACUACCCCAGAUGCAACUAUACCAACUACUGACUCUGCCACAACAGGUGAGAGUUUAGAAACAACCACAGCCAACUCUCCUACAACUACACUAGAUGCAACUAUAUCAACUACUGACUCUGCCACAACAGCUGGGAAUUUAGAUACAACCACAGCCAACUCUACUACAACUACACCAGAUGCAACUAUACCAACUACUGACUCUGCCACAACAGGUGAGAGUUUAGAAACAACAGCAGCCAACUCUCCUACAACUACACUAGAUACAACUAUACCAACUACUGACUCUACCACAACAUCUGAGAGUUCAGAAACAACUACAGCCACCUCUGCUACAACUACACCAGAUGCAACUAUACCAACUGGUGACACUAUUACAACAGCUGAGAGUUCAGAAACAACCACAGCCAACUCUCCUACAACUACACUAGAUGCAACUAUACCAACUACUGACUCUGCCACAACAGGUGAGAGUUUAGAAACAACUCCUUCAACUACAUCAGAUGCAACUAUAACAACUAGUGACUCUGUUACAACAGCUGAGAGUUUAGAAACAACUACAGCCAACUCUCCUACAACUGCACCUGAUGCAACUAUAACAAAUAGUGACUCUAUUACAACAGCUGAGAGUUUAGAAACAACUACAGCCAACUCUCCUACAACUGCACCUGAUGCAACUAUAACAAAUAGUGACUCUAUUACAACAGCUGAGAGUUUAGAAACAACUACAGCCAACUCUCCUACAACUGCACCUGAUGCAACUAUAACAAAUAGUGACUCUAUUACAACAGCUGAGAGUUUAGAAACAACUACAGCCAACUCUCCUACAACUGCACCUGAUGCAACUAUAACAAAUAGUGACUCUAUUACAACAGCUGAGAGUUUAGAAACAACUACAGCCAACUCUCCUACAACUGCACCUGAUGCAACUAUAACAAAUAGUGACUCUAUUACAACAGCUGAGAGUUUAGAAACAACCACAGCCAACUCUCCUUCAACUACAUCAGAUGCAACUAUAACAACUAGUGACUCUGUUACAACAGCUGAGAGUUUAGAAACCACUACAGCCACCUCUCCUACAACUGCACCUGAUGCAACUAUACCAACUACUGACUCUGCCACAACAUCUGAGAGUUCAGAAACAACUACAGCCACCUCUCCUACAACUGCACCUGAUGCAACUAUAACAAAUAGUGACUCUAUUACAACAGCUGAGAGUUUAGAAACAACUACAGCCAACUCUCCUACAACUGCACCUGAUGCAACUAUAACAAAUAGUGACUCUAUUACAACAGCUGAGAGUUUAGAAACAACUACAGCCAACUCUCCUACAACUGCACCUGAUGCAACUAUAACAAAUAGUGACUCUAUUACAACAGCUGAGAGUUUAGAAACAACUACAGCCAACUCUCCUACAACUGCACCUGAUGCAACUAUAACAAAUAGUGACUCUAUUACAACAGCUGAGAGUUUAGAAACAACUACAGCCAACUCUCCUACAACUGCACCUGAUGCAACUAUAACAAAUAGUGACUCUAUUACAACAGCUGAGAGUUUAGAAACAACUACAGCCAACUCUCCUACAACUGCACCUGAUGCAACUAUAACAAAUAGUGACUCUAUUACAACAGCUGAGAGUUUAGAAACAACUACAGCCAACUCUCCUACAACUACAUCAGAUGCAACUAUAACAACUAGUGACUCUGUUACAACAGCUGAGAGUUUAGAAACAACUACAGCCAACUCUCCUACAACUGCACCUGAUGCAACUAUAACAUCUAGUGACUCUAUUACAACAGCUGAGAGUUUAGAAACAACCGCAGCCAACACUCCUACAACUACACCAGAUGCAACUAUAAUGACUACUGACUCUGCCACAACAGCUGGGAAUUUAGAAACAACUACAGCCAACUCUCCUACAACUGCACCUGAUGCAACUAUAACAAAUAGUGACUCUAUUACAACAGCUGAGAGUUUAGAAACAACCACAGCCAACUCUCCUUCAACUACAUCAGAUGCAACUAUAACAACUAGUGACUCUGUUACAACAGCUGAGAGUUUAGAAACAACUACAGCCAACUCUCCUACAACUGCACCUGAUGCAACUAUAACAAAUAGUGACUCUAUUACAACAGCUGAGAGUUUAGAAACAACUACAGCCAACUCUCCUACAACUGCACCUGAUGCAACUAUAACAAAUAGUGACUCUAUUACAACAGCUGAGAGUUUAGAAACAACUACUGCGCCUGAUGCAACUAUAACAAAUAGUGACUCUAUUACAACAGCUGAGAGUUUAGAAACAACCACAGCCAACUCUCCUACAACUACAUCAGAUGCAACUAUAACAACUAGUGACUCUGUUACAACAGCUGAGAGUUUAGAAACCACUACAGCCACCUCUCCUACAACUGCACCUGAUGCAACUAUACCAACUACUGACUCUGCCACAACAUCUGAGAGUUCAGAAACAACUACAGCCAACUCUCCUACAACUGCACCUGAUGCAACUAUACCAACUAGUGACACUAUUACAACAGCUGAGAGUUUAGAAACAACCGCAGCCAACACUCCUACAUCUACACCAAAUGCAACUAUAACAACUACUGACUCUGACACAACAACUGAAAGUUCAGAAACAACUACAGCUAAAUCUCCUACAACUUCCCCAACCACAUCCACUACAUCUACUAUCACAAAAUCACCAAUAAUAUGUGAAAAUGGUGGAACUCCAACAGCGAAUGGUUGUUAUUGCCCCCCUGGUUUUACAGGAAAGCUGUGCACAACUGUAAACAAUGAAAUCUCACUUCCAGAUAUAAUUGAAACGACAACCAUUGCUGAAAUAGAAAUUAACAAGGAAUAUGUCCCUCAAUACCAAAAUACAUCCUCACAAGAAUAUAAAGAUUUUGUACAGGACUUCAGAGUUCAGAUGAUACCGUACUACGAAACCAAGAUUGAAAACUUCUUAAAUAUAACAAAUGUAACACUGAGUGACGGAAAUUCUUUAAUGGGCCGAAUGGAGAGUAAAUUAAUAGAGAUGGAAGUAUCAAUUUCUAAAAGUGUGAAGGUUAAGCAUGAUAUUGUUGUACAAAUUGAAAACAACAAUGUUAAUGAAGGCUAUAAUGAGGUGUUUCAGUCUGUCAAAAAUGCUGUUGAAUCAGUUACAGAAUGCACUCCCACAACCACUGCAUGCCCAAACUUUACUGUUACCGAUGUCCAGGUCAACAAAACUGAAUUGGAUGGAAAAGAGUACUGUGAUCAAGUUACAGCAAUGUUUCCUGAGGAGUACCGUCAGUAUUUCAUUUCUGCUACUGUGAUGGGUAAACUAACAUGUAUCAACCAAUGUCAUCCUGAUCAUCCUACUCCAAAGAUCUGCAUGAACAAAGGUACCUGUGAGGUUUCCAAGCAAGGACCAAGCUGCUACUGUCUUCAGACAGAUGCAAAUUGGUAUCUUGGAGAAGAUUGCAAGUACCAAGUUCACAAAGUGGGCUUCUAUGCUGGAGUGGCAGUUGUCACUGUGGUUUUACUGAUAGCUAUAGCAAUGCUUUCAGCAUAUGUCAUCCUUAAUAAAAGGAAAGAGAAGAGGAAUAAAUACAACAAGGAAGCUCUUGUAAAUCAGUGGAUAGAUGAUGACUUUGAGUGGCCUCCACAAAAAAGAACAAACACAUCUCUUUCAGUUCUUAAUAAAACCUAUGAUAAUCCUGCACAAUCAAAUGAGAACUUCAGCCAGAGUACCACGGCUCAGAGAACAACCUCUUCCACAGAACGAUACUUCCCCCAAUUCAACUUGCCUGAAAAUGAAAUCUCACUUCCUUCUCUGCACAACAAUUACCCUAUGCGAACCAGCAAGUCUCAGAUCCACACCUCUAUCGCCAGAAAUGUAUAACGUGUACAACUGGAUAUAUGAUGAUUAAUUCACAAAACUAAAAACUAGAAGUGAAAAAAAUACUCUGGACAAGAUGAUGGACAGAUUCUAAAGGUUUAUACCAUUUUGUUUUUAGAAAUUACAUUUGAUGCAAGACAAACUCUACACAAUCAUGAAUAAAAUGUUUAAAAUUAUAUAUAUAUAUAUACACACACACACACACACACACAGAGAUAUAUUAUAUAAAAUAUAUAUAAGUAUUUAUUAAUUAUUUAUUCAGACUAUGUAUCUUUGAACUAUUCAGCUGUAUAUUUUAUAAUGUCUGUAUCAAUAAUUUCACAACAGUACAGUAACCAUGUGAGCCACAUACUUUAUUACCUAAUAAAAUAAAAUUACUUAAGAGUAAUAAAGAAUGUUAUUUUCUUCUCUCUCUAUGUGUGGGAAAGUCAUCAAAUCAUGUCAGUCUCAAUAGUAAUUUUUGUUCCUACCACUCUGGUUGUAUAUGAAAAAUAAAAAUGUAUUUGGCAGUGAA